AUGGUGUACGUCGACACGUGGGACGAGUUCGCGGAGAAGGCGGAGGUGCUCUUUCGAGCCGACCCCUCCAAGUUCCGCUAUGUGAGCAAGUACCGCCACUGCGAUGGCAAGCUGGUACUUAAGGCCACAGACGACCGCGUGUGCAUCAAGUUCCGCACGGACCAGGCGCAGGACGCCAAGAAGAUGGAGCGCCUCAACAACCUGCUCUUCACCCUCAUGGCCCGCGGGCCAGACGGCCCUGGUGGUAUGACACCUCAAAACCCGCUCUUCGCUCUCAUGGCACGUGGCCACGAGGCAUUUCUGCUUGUCGCGUUUCUCGUUGACUGUUUCCGUGGAGCCACACCAGCUGUCACGUCUUUCCGAUGA